AUUCAAUGUAAUUAUAUAGAAAAAUUUAUUAAAUUUUAUUAAGUAGCAUUUUUAAAAUGCCUAACAACAAAGAAGAAAAACAAUAUGGUUUAAUUUUACCUAAAAAACAACAAUAUAUUACUCCAAAGGUUAACAAUGUAUUUGGUGAUAAUAAUGACUCAGAUGAGGAAGAUGGUACAGAUUGGGUUAAAAGAGCUCUGCAAGCAGAAGGAGAAAAAAAUAAAAUGAAAAAGCAAACAAAGCUAAAUAUGCAAAAAGCUUUAAAAGAAGACCCAACAAUAUUUCAAUAUGAUGAAGUAUAUGAUGAUAUAGAAAGAAUAAAAGAUCAGUCUAAAACUGCAAAAGAUGAGAAAAAAAAGCCAAGAUAUAUUCAAAAUCUUUUAAAAGCUGCUGAGCGAAGAAAAAAAGAACAAGAAUAUAGGAUAGAAAGAAUGGUCCAAAAAGAACGUGAAGCAGAGGGAACAAUGUAUGCAGAUAAAGAAAGUUUUGUUACUUCUGCUUAUAGAGCAAAAUUAGAAGAAUUUAAACGAAUGGAAGAAGAAGAAAACAAAAUGGAUAGAUUAGAAGCUAUUGCAGAUGUCAAAAAACAACAAGAUAUGUCAGGAUUUUAUAGACAUUUAUAUGUGCAGACUAUUCAAUCUCCAGAAAAACUUAAUGUUAAGAAUAAUAUAAGUAGUGAUAAAACUAAUUUAGAUAAUAAUUUAGAAAAUGUUAAUAAAGAGGCAGAGAAUAAAGAACAAAUUAAAAGUAAAGAAGUAAAAAAAAAUAGACAAUAUAGGCAAAGGAUAAUAGAAGAAGAUAGUGAUAUUGAGAUUGAAAUUGAAGCAGAUGUUUUAAUUGAACAAACAUUACAAAAUAAAGCAAAAAUUAUUUUGCCUGAAAAACGUAAAGAUAUUGAAGAGGAACCUGGAAAAACAGAAUCUGGUGCUAAGAAACAAAAGCAACAAACUGAAGAUAUUAAACCUGAAGAAAUUAAAUCUAAUGAAGUUAAAAUAGAGAAGACUCUAAAUACAAAAAAUGUUGAACAAAUAGUAAAAAAUUGUAAAAACGAUGAUGAAACUGAAAGAGAAAAUAUUAGUGCAAAAGCAAAAAUAGAAGCAGAAAAAAAGGAACGUUCUAAAAUUUGGGAAAAAAGAACAAUUGGGCCUGUAUUUGAAGCAGCAUUGCAAAGAUAUUAUGUUAGAAAAUCUAUGAGAUUAUCAACUGUAUAAUUUAUCAUAAUUAUAAAUUUUGUACAUGGGAG